GCAUUUUUUAAAUUAUCAAUUAAUAUAAUAACAAUCGUUACAAAAAAUGCAAAAUUUAAGUUUAAGAAACUAAAAUUAUGCAUGAAAACAACAUUAAGUAAUGUUAUUGAUAUUUUACACUAUCAUAAUUGUCGAUUAUAAACCGCUUAAUAUUCCAAUUUACGCGAAAGGAAAAUAAAGAUGACGGAAAGUUUAAUAAAUGAAUGGUUAGUAGACUGUGCAGAUGUCUCACCUUCUGAACUUCAUACUUUUGCUACUACCUUAUCACAAGAUAACGAAAUAGUCAGAGCUCUUUAUGUACUUUUAGAAGAACGUAGUAAAUAUAGUCAGUUGGUGGAUACAGUAUGUGAUCAGUUAUAUAAUUUUUAUCGGUCUCGAGAAACAGAAUUACAAAGAUUUACCUUACAAUUUUUACCAACAUUAGUAUAUAUUUAUUUAAAUUCUGCAGCUCAUGGUGAUAUUAAGAAUUGUCGAUCUGUAGAAACAUUAUUAAUUGGUCUGUACAAUUUGGAAAUAGUAGAUAAAUCUGGUCAGCAGAAAACAAUUUCUUUCAGACUACCGUCACUUGCUAUGAUAUCCAUAUUUCAUGAGCCUGCAAGUUUGGCACCUGCUUCUUUAACUGAGAGUGCAGUACGCAGAUUUGAAGAAUGUAAUACAAAACUUGUUAGUUGGGGUCCAUUGCAACAAGUUGAAACACUAAAUGCUCAAAAUAGAUUAAAAGUAAUGACUGCUCUUCUUUUUAUUUAUAAUCAACAACUUGGUUAUAUAAGUAAAUUUGCAUUGGAGCAAUUAUGCAAAGUUGCUACUAAACUUGUCACUCAAGGAUUUAUGAAGCCAGGACACCAUCAACGAUCUUCAUAUGGAAGCGAGUCUAGUUUUGUUCCAAGGCUUUUACCGCGCAUACCUAUUUCCAGUCAAUUUCUUCUUGAAUUUCUACAUGCUGUAUACUUUGCUAUGUAUAAUGACUGUUGGUAUUUAGGGACACAAGCAGUAGAAGAUAUUCAUAAUCGAGCAUGUUAUGAAACAUAUCCAGAUGUUAUGCUAGUUACAAAUGCUAUACGUAAUUCUGCGACUACUGGAUCAUCAGGUCAACCUAAUGAUGGACCAAUAGGCAUUAGCGUUGCAUUAUCGCCGGCAACUGCAACUGCAACAGUAUCUAAAUCGAUGAUAACAAAUGCUUCGUUUCGAACUAAAAAAUUACCAGACGAUCUGGAUAAGAAGUUAUUUGAAGAUGCAAUCCAAUUUGAAAAACAACAUCCAACAAUAUUUAAUACUACAAAGCGAUUUUCUUGGUAUUGGAAAAACUCACUUCCAAUUUCAAAUAAUGAAGAUAACAAAAUAAGAAAUGUUAGUUCUUCUUCAAUAGAAUUUUCUAAACAAGAAAAUGCAUAUAAUCAAAAUUUACUUAUCAAAUCUCCCAAACGAAACAAAGAGCAUUUGAAGAAAUAUAUAUUUGAGAAAGAUGAAGAUCACAAUAUAAAAGUAAAUCUUAAAAUUAAAAAGGAAUAUAAAGAAAAUGCUGAUUUGAUUUAUGCUGAUAAUAAGAUCGGAUUUGGUUCGCAUUUGUACAAUGUAUUGGAGGAACAAUUUCUUGGUGAAAUAAUUCAUGAAUCGAUGGAAAAUUUAUAUCUGGAUAAAAAUAAAUCAAUUGGUUUUCAUAUGACUGCUGCUCUGUCAACAAAUACAUGGUACUAGUGAUUCAGUUUCAGCACUUUAGAAUCACUAAACAUUAUCUAAAUUUCUUCAGCAAAACACGCGGCAAAUUAGUUACACCAUGUAACGUUAUUUUAAUUAGUAGUAAUUUGUGCAUUUAUUAACAAAUUCGUUUCAGAGGAACCACCAUUUUAAAAAAAAAAAAAUUACAGACAUAAAAUAUAAUGUAUAUUCAAACACACAUGAUGGAAAAGCUGCAUGCAGUUUUGGCACAUUUAUUUUUAUUGAAGAUAGCGCAUUUAUAGUCCAGGUUUACCCUAUAAAUCCUUUACAUUCCCAUUUUAUUUUUUCAUUUUGAUUUUUUACAUUAUAUUAUAAU